AUGGCUCCUCGAAAAUUCAAAUCCUUGGUGAUUGCUGUCAGUGGCACCAUCGCUGGUUAUAAACAAGCGGCGAUCAAAGCUCUAGUCGAAGAACAGGGUGCCACGUUCGCUCCAACCGUCAACGAUGACUGUACGCAUCUGAUCACCACAGCGAAAGAGGUCGAGAAAAAAACUACCAAAUAUCUGGCUGCGUCGCAAUUGCCCAAGUGCAAGAUUGUCUCGAUUGACUGGCUGGUGGACUCGUCCGCGAAGAAGAGUCCGAUCGCAGAGAAGCCUUAUCUUCUGGACACGGGUGUAACGGCCGACGUCACCAAGGCGGACGAGACAAAUAAUGACAAUGACCAGAGUGGCAAGAGAGCUACUCGAAAAGCGUCGGCGAAAUCACAGGACAACGGGGCUGUCAUCGAUGGCGAUUCAAAGACAGAAGACGCCGACGUCAAGAAAGCUGCGAAGAAGACGGCCAAAUCUUCUACAACAACAGCUGCUGAGAAGAAGAAGCGAUCCAUUAAAGAGGAAGAGGAAGAUGCAUCAUCCACAAUUUCCAAUAAAAAGCAGAAGACAGCUUCAGAAUCAACGCCCAAGAAGUUGAAAAUUCCAGUGGAUUCCGGCUUCCUGAGGGAGAAUCUUGCCUUUGAAGAUCCUGAGGUCUUCAUUGAUUCAUCUGGUGUGAUCUGGGAUGCCACUUUGAAUCAGACCAAUGCGACUGCCAACAACAACAAAUUCUAUCUAAUUCAACUGCUCGUUUCUCCGGGCAAGGAUCAGUAUGUCACUUGGACUCGCUGGGGACGCGUGGGAGAGCAUGGCCAGUCUGCGUCUUCAGGCGUGGGUUCGUUUGAUCAAGCUUUGUCGUUCUUUGAGAAGAAGUUCAGGGACAAAAGCGGACUGCCUUGGGCUAAGCGUCACGAUGCCCCCAAGAACAACAAGUACACCUAUCUUGAACGGAACUACGAGGAAGAUGAGGAGGAUGAGGGCAAGGCGAAAGAUAAAAAGGGAGUGAAACAAGAGCCUGGCGAAGACAAGCCAUCAGUCGAAAGUAAGCUUGAGAAGCCGCUGCAGGAUCUGAUGGCAUUCAUCUUCAAUCUGCAACAUAUCAAUUCCGCGUUGGCAUCAAUGUCCUAUGACGCGAAUAAGCUGCCCCUGGGCAAGCUCAGUGAGAGAACUCUCAAGGCGGGAUUCUCCGUGUUGAAGGAGCUCGCUGAGCUGCUGAGUGAUGGAACACUAUCAACGUCACGAUACGGUCUCAGCCUUUUGGCCGCCCAAGAGACGUUGAGCAACAGAUACUUCACAUUGAUUCCUCACGUCUUUGGGCGUAAUAGACCUCCGGUGCUGUCAUCAGACGCGAUGAUCAAAAAGGAAGUCGAUCUUUUGGAAGCUUUGACGGACAUGGACGUUGCGAAUGAGAUUCUCAAGGUGUCCAAAGAGGCCAAUGACACUAUUCACCCGCUGGAUCGCCAAUUCCAAAGCCUGGGCAUGCAAGAGAUGACACGAUUGGAUCACCAAUCUGCCGAAUUCAACGAAUUGACCAACUACUUGAACAACUCUCGUGGGGCGACUCACUACAUGACUUACGAGGUCAUCGAUAUCUUCCGCAUUGAGCGUCAAGGUGAGACGGAUCGAUUUGCAAACUCGCCAUUUGCCAAGCUUGAAAAGAGCGACCGCCGUCUUCUCUGGCACGGUUCUCGCAGUACCAACUUUGGUGGUAUCCUCAGUCAGGGUCUGCGUUGCACCACCCAAGCACCAGCCGUCAACGGGUACAUGUUCGGCAAGGGUGUCUAUCUCGCAGACAUGUCCAGCAAAUCCGCCGGCUACUGCUGGACAUACAACAGCGCUGGCAUGGGUCUGCUGCUGCUCUGCGAUGCGGAGCUGGGUGACCCGAUGUUUGAGCGUAUCGAUGCAGAUUCAGCAGCCGCUUCCCACUGCAAAGCCGCUGGAAGCAUUGCCACUUUGGGCAAGGGCCGCGACAUACCUGCUGGCUGGAAGGAUGCUACUGCCAUCAAUGAGAACCUGAAAGGCGUUCGGAUCCCAGAUGUUGACAAGGGGGCCACGCAACGGGAUGAGGCACAAGCAUAUCUACAGUAUAACGAGUAUAUUGUCUAUGACGUCGCCCAAAUCCGCCAGCGAUAUUUGUUUUGGGUUCGAAUGAAGUGA